AUGUGUAUGGGGACGGCGUUGGUGUUGAACAAGAAGUAUAACUUUUCAAGAAUCAUUUUUCACUACAUGAAAGAUAAUAUUACUUCUGGUAGUAAAAGUUGGGUGUAUCCGAGGUUUGUGCAGAUGAUGCUGGAUCAUGCAUAUCUGAAUCUGGUGAAAGAUGAACAUAAUGAUUUAUUGAUGUUGCAUCACAUGGAUAAUGAAACGUUAAUCAGAUUAUCCAAGUAUACAAAGAAUUGGCCAGAACCAAAGAAAACAGAGUUUUUCGGAUUCAUCAAAGAUGAAAAGUAUGAAGAUCCAGAUCCAGUGAAUCAUUUAAAGUGGAGGAAUGAUGCAGAAAUGAAAGAAAAAAGUGCAGCUGAUGAAUUAACGAAGUUAGCAGAAUUCAGUAAAACAAGAAAUAAUUGGUAUACGAAGGUUGAAAAAGAAAAUAAAAGAGGUGGUAAGAGAACUCCUACAUCGAAAGCUCAAGCUGAAGAAGGAUCAUCUUCUCAACCGCAAAAGAAACGUAAAAAGAAAGCAGUUGAAACAAUGCUAGUUGAUGAACCAGAAGUUGAUGAGACGGAAGCUGAUGUUGAUAAAGAUCAAGAUCCAUUAACUCCUGAAACUGAGCGAUUGUUGAAAGAUGUUGAUGAUACUCUAGAAACUGAGAAAGCAGCUGGUAAGAGAGUGGUUGAUGAUGAAGGAAAAAGUCCAUCUGGUGCAGAAAGUGAUACAGAUCCUGAAGUUGAUCGUUGGAUUAGAGAAAACUAUGAUCCAAAGGAUAGAGAGAAACAAAAGAAAAGAAAGAGGAGUGCGGAUGAUGAUGAUGAAACGUAUGUUCCACCAGAAGAUGUUCAGGUUGAAAAGACACCAUCUUCAGGAGGUACAAAGAAAUCAACAUCAAGGAAACGUGUUUCAACUCCGGCAGCUCGAAAGUUAAAAUUCAAGCUGAACUUAAAAUCUAUCCAAGGUCCACAACCACCAUCACCACCACCAGAACCACAAUCUAAACAACCUUCACCACCGCAAAAUCAACCAAAAUUACCACCACCACAACAACCAUCACCAGAACAUUUACAAUCACCACAAUCAUCACCACCACAUCGUAUUUCAUCACCUAUUCAGGUACAAUCACCAGUAACUUCACCACACAUCCAACAAACACCACGAACCACACAACCACCAGUUCAUACUACUCCUGGAUCGUCAGGUUUUGAAAAUUUUCCACCGAUUCCAGAGAGUACAGUUCUUGAAGGGCUCAGUGAUUUUAGCUUUGUAAAUGAUGAGCUUGUGAAAAAGUUGCAAAAGAAAGUGGAUGAUGUGUUGAGUGAGAAAAAGAAGUUGGAAGAACGUGUAAAGUCUGUUGAAUCUGAAAACAUAUCUUUGUUGAAAAAGAUUGAAGCUGAUCAAGCCGACAUAGAUAUUCUGAAAGUUCGAAUAACAGAAUUGGAAGAAGAACAGGCUCGAAGAGAUGAGCAUAAUGAGUACUUCAAACUGAAAAAUAAAGAAUUAGAGGCCAAUAAUGCUAAGAAAGAACAUGAAGCAUAUAUGUUAAAGAAAGUUGCUACAAUUUGUUUUCAGAAAGGUAUAAAUUCUUAA